UGCAAUAACAGAAUUACUAAAUCCAAGCAAUGAAUUAAUUAUAGAAUGGGGAAUUUAUUGUGGUUUUGAAUACAAUUCAUCUUCAGAUGAUCUUGACUUAAAUCAAUAUUGGUUAGGUAUGUUACAACAAUUACCACUAUUUUCAAAAAUUGCAUUAGAUUACAUUUGGCUUCCUAUUUCAAGUUGUAGUGUGGAGAGAAGUUUUUCUGAAUAUAGUUCUCUUUUGGAUAAAAUUAAAUAUGAUGUAUUAAUUCUUAAAUACAAUUAA